AUGGGAGGGCGGGGCCUGCCGCAGGAGGAGCGGGAUUUGACUGGCUGGCGCGAGCGGGCGGGCGGGGCUUUCCGCAGGAGCCGGGGCGCGCUGGGCACCGCGCCGGGCCUGGCUGGGCCCGGGGAGGCGGGCGCUGGAAGGCCGGCUCGGGGCGUCGCGUCGCGUCGCGUCCCCCGAGAGCGAGCGGCGGCGGCGAUGUGGGCGAAGGCGGGCCGGGACGCGGACGCGGAGGCGGACGCGGACUCGGACGGGGACCCGGCGUCGGAGCCGGGCCGUGCGGGCGCGCGGAGGCCGCGGGAGGCCGAGCAGGAGCAGCAGCGGCGGCGCGAGCGCAAGCGGCGGCGGCACGACGCGCAGCAGCUGCAGCAGCUGCAGCACCUCGAGUCCUUUUAUGAAAAACCUCCUCCUGGGCUUAUCAAGGAAGAUGAGACAAAGCCAGAAGACUGUAUUCCAGAUGUGCCCGGCAACGAACAUGCCAGGGAGUUUCUGGCUCACGCGCCAACCAAAGGACUGUGGAUGCCCCUGGGGAAAGAAGUCAAAGUGAUGCAGUGUUGGCGUUGUAAACGGUAUGGUCAUCGAACAGGCGACAAAGAAUGCCCUUUCUUUAUCAAAGGCAACCAAAAGUUAGAGCAGUUCAGAGUAGCACAUGAAGAUCCCAUGUAUGACAUCAUUCGAGAGAAUAAAAGACAUGAAAAGGAUAUAAGGAUACAACAACUGAAACAGUUGCUGGAGGAUUCAACCUCAGAUGAAGAUGGGAGCAGUACUAGUUCCUCAGAAUGUAAAGAAAAACACAAGAAAAGAAAGAAGAAAGAAAAGCAGAAGAAAAAGAAGAGAGAAAAGAAAAAGAAGAAAAAACGAAAGCAUAAAUCGUCCAAGUCCAACGAGAGCUCAGACUCAGACUAGUUGGAAUUUGGCCCUUUCCCAUCUCAAAGCUCAAAUGCUGUGGCAUGAGGGACAUUUGGGGGGUGCCUGUGUAGCUUCCACCCGCCUUUCAGGAGGAAGACCCCAGCAUGAGUGCCUUGUCUCCCAGCUUCACAGUCUGGACAGGCCUCUUCCAGCAGCGGCACAUCCACAGGGCCCCCUCUACUUGUCUUGGGUCAGCAGCCCUGUGCCAGGCCUGUGUCGGGCUG